AAUGUUUUAUUUAUAACCAUCAGAUUUAUCUAUAAUUCAUUAUUUUUUUGAAAGAACUUUGAUAAAAGUUUACAAUGAUUGCAAAAAAUGUGUGUAUUAACGAAAUCAUUACUUUUCAUUUGUAAGCUUUUCAUGAAAAAUAAAAUUUGGCAUUUGCUUUAUAAUUUCAACUUCUAUCAGCGUAGUAUCACGCGCGCAGUUAUGAAUGAAUUCGUCAAUAAUGCUCUGACACGUCCUUCACUCCUGAGCUACAGACAGCCUUGCUACUUUCGUGGCUUAAUUUCCAAUAAAAAUCCGUAUCAGAUGUUUAUGCAGAAAACAAAACAUUCCUCGUCUAUAAUACAUAAAAGCCUCGAAAUAAAUAGACAACUGCAUUUCUUGUGUGAUCGCCCAAGGAGACCAACGUCAAAUAAACUCAUUACGACACGAUGGCGGCGUGGAUCUUCCUCGUGCUUCUCCUCGAUUUUUCCUCGGCGCACCACUACUUCGAGCCAGGAGCCAUCCACUUCCCGCUUCGAGACGUUCAUCAGUCGAUAAACUUGGACACCUUCUUGGAGCGCAACCUGACGGUCGGCAAAUGCGGACAGGUGUCUGACCGACGAGUCGUGCUGAAUCUUCCGAAUCUAGGAAUGCCGUCGCCGCCGAACCCUUAUCCCGGCUUUAUCGAGAGCCCAAUGGUCAGCUGCGUCAACCUCGCCUCCAACGAGAUCUACCAGGUGAUACCGGGUUCCUUCGAUAAGCUGCCCAGUCUCAGCUACCUCGACUUGUCGCGGAACCGCAUUCAGUUCUGCGACUUUUUCAACUUCGGCACGUCCCAUCCGGGCUUGGUCACGCUUAUCAUCGAGGAUAACCGGCCACCCAUCGACAACAUCGACAGGGUCAUCGGCAAGGCCGACUGCUUUCCGGCCUUGCGUUAUCUCUACUUGCGCAAGAACUCCAUACGCGGCUUGAACUUCUCGCUGCGGCGAUCUUUCCCCGUGCUCACCCACCUCUUUCUCUCCGACAACGAGAUCGACACCAGCAACUUCAUCCACGACUUGCCUCCCACCUUGACCCACCUCUACCUCGAGCACAACCUCAUCAGCGGACUGGACUGCAAGAUCAUGAGGGACCUGGAGGCUCUACGUCUCGACGGCAACAUCAUCCGCUCCGUCUGCUACCGCAACUGCGACACCACCUCCCUCCGACUCGAGGGCGUGCACAAGCUGUCCACCUUGACCUUAUCCGACAACAGGAUCUCGGAGAUCGAGAGCUGCGCCUUCCAGGACGCCUCGGGUCUCCUGACCUUGAACCUCGCUCAGAACAACCUGGAGGAUGUGAAGCGCGAGACCUUUGAGCGUUUGGCAUCGCUGCAGGAGCUAAACCUUGACGACAACCACCUGAGGCACGUGCCCAACCUGUGCAACAACCUAAAGCUGACUAGCUUGUCGCUGAGGCGCAACAAGCUCCAGGAGAUUAGGCGCGAGAACUUCCGAGGCCUGAAAUUGCUCAGGUGUCUUCGUCUUGGCGGCAACAGGAUCGGCAGCAUCGAGGCCGGUUCUCUCGAGGAAAUGGAGAACCUCCAGGAGCUCGACCUGUCCGACAACGGACUGGACUUCAUACCUAGCGACUGGCUCAAGUGGCAGUGGAACCUGCGUACCCUAGACGUGCGGGGCAACAGAUUCAAGUGUCUGGAGCAGAUGAACCUCGGAGGCGCGCCGUUCCUCAACACGAUACACUUGCAGAAUAAUCCGGUCACUCAUAUCAGCGGUACGGUCGUAUCGAAACUCUCGCCGAACGUCGCGAUAAACUUGCACCACGACUGCAGCGAUAAAACGCGCAGACGCUCCGAAUGCUACGCCAGAUGCGACGAUCUCGAGGCUAAGUCGAGAAACGAAACUUACAUGAGAUGGGUCAAUAAUGAAUAAUCUUAUUGCCAUGUGUUUUUUUUUGCGUCUCGUAACGAUGCUGCUUGCUGAUUUCGAUGGCUGAAUGAGUUAUUUAUUUAUUGUAUGUAUAUUUGUAAGUUUAUACUGUAAGAUUGUAUUGUAUGUUUGUAUAAAAAUAAAUUUUUAUUUUUAAUACUUAUCCAUUUUCUCCUUGUGACUAAUUUAGACUAUUUUAUUGUAAAAUGAUUUGUAACUACUUACAAAAUGAUGAAACACUGUGCUAUAUGUAUCGAGCUGAGUAAGUACUUGCGUCCUACAGUGUAGUUUGAUGCGUUUCAAUCAUCAAAUGCGGCAUUUUCGCAGAUAUUCAUUUAUCGCGCUGUAUGCGCAUAUUAAAAGACUUUGACUUUGACUUCGAGUCUUCCGUAUGAAUACAUUUAAAUGAUGCCUUACUUCGAUGCAAUCGCCAAAACGGUAAAGAGGAAUAAAUGAUACUUCUCGCGUUUGCCGUCACGAUUUUAGCAGAUGUCGCCUGUGUGCUUGGCAACGAGAUUUUGCACAUAACAAAGUCGGGGGUUCCCCGACUUAUGCAUUCGUAUGUUAUCGAGUUGAAAUGCCAUUGGUCCAAUGCGUUUGAAUUUUUACAUCAUUCGCUCAUUCGCCAAUGAAAUUAACGAAAGAUGCGCAUGACUGAGAGAAAAAUUUCAUUGUGUCCAAUAAGAAGAGCCGAUUAUAAUAAAAAAUGGAUAUUUUUAAGUAGAGGUGUUUUCCUUACUUCUGAAGCACGCGUUUACGUAACUGAGUAAUUCUGUCAAUAAGCUAAGUGCGUCCGCACGUGUCAACACCCAAGAUCAUGAUUUUGGAGGAGGGAUGCCCUUUAGAAUGUCAGAAUAUUUGUAGAAGAAAGCGAAAUAAGCAACUUCGUCGCUGAUAAUUGCUUCUCAUAGAAUUUUACAAAUUUCUUAGAAAUUAAAUAAAGCGUGAUCGUGACCUUUAUGCACCUUAACCUUUCAGUAUCAAAAAUUAGAUGUUUUGUAUCGGAUGCCAUACGCGACUUCGUUUCUUUCUACGAAAAUCGAUUAAAACGAAAUUUCUGACGCAAAUAGAAGAAUAACAUAUAAAAUAUGAAUGAUACCCACAUUUUUCUGGGAGCAACCGAUACGUCAUAAUUAUUUAAUAAUUAUCGUCUUAAUUGGCGUAGUGAAAAAAACCAAUUCGAUCUUCAGAUAAUUUUUUAUAUACUUUCGGCCUUGAUUGUGCCAACGUUAUAUCGCAUUGAUAGCAUAAUGCCCGGAACGAAUCGUUUCGUCAAGACACUUGUUCUUGAAAACCCAAAUUUAAUCAAAUUGAACUGACGCCGAGACUGACGCAUAUGGGAAAAUCUAACGGUUAAGAAAUUUGUCCCUGAAACCUUAUAUAUAAGUUGUCCACAAUAAGUUUUUGUCACAGUUCGGGCACAGAAUCCGUGGGUCAAGCAUCUUAUAGCAUACAUUCUAGUCUUUUUUAUUUCAUUCGAUAAGAGCCAACGAUUUUGUGCAUGCGAAAC